CUCAAUCCGAGUUUGGUUCCGUGGAUUCGCCGACGACAACGAAGAUGGUGAUCCGCUGCACGUCGUCGACCGAGCUCGACGUGGCCUUGCCCAGCAUGGACGAGCUCAACCCGUACGGCCUCGCGUGGUGUGGCGAGCUCGAUAGCGGCAACAACAACAACGACGCAGACGCGGGCGGCGUCGAGACGUGGCUGCCCGUGCCGUCCCUCAUGCACUCGAAGGAGAGCGUCCGGUUCCGCGAGGCGCUCUCAAACGUGCUGCAGGACAUGCAUCUCGAAGUGUCGCCGGACGAGCUCGAGGCGCGCGCGACGACGCCCGAGUACAAGCUCGAGCAAAGCGACUGGGCGGCGCACGACGUGGCCGACGCGUUCCUCAAGACCGUCGCCCGGCUUCCGCAAGAGCUCCUCGACGACGACGACGACGACGAUGAGAAGCCGUCGAUGGCGCCAAAGAGCGACGCGCCGGUCACUCUCGGGUGGCUCAAGAAGCGUGGCGAAGGCAACACGUCCAUGAAGAAGCGCUGGAUGCAGCUCGAAGGCAACGUCAUUGCCUACUACAAGCGCGAAGUCGACAACGCCAAGUACACGCGGGCCGAGCGCGUCAAGCUUCAAAAAGGCAACAUCGAGCUCGACAAGAUCUCGUGCUUCCAGCCCUGCGGCGAGCGCGAUCUCUGGUGGGCGUUUGAGCUCGUGACGACGAACCGGACGUGGGUGCUGCAGGCCGAGUCCGAGGCCGAGUACAUGAAGUGGGUCAACGCGCUCAGCCACACGGUGAGCUUCCAAGUUGUCAACAUCGUUUACCGGCGCAUGCUCUGCCUCCAAGAAGUCCGCGCGACCGCCAAGACCGACGUCCGGCUCAAUUUGCCCCAAGCGUUCACCGUCGAAAUGGCCAUCGAGCACAUCUUCCACAGCUACGAAGCAACUGUGGACGCCUCCGCGCUCCGGCCCUACACCCCAUCCGACUAUGUGCUCAAGCUCACGGGCUUCAAGGACUACCUCAUCGACCCGAAGCGCCGCGUCGUCGACUACACGUAUGUGCGCGAGUGCCUCGUGACCAAGAAGAUGCUGCGGCUCUCGGUCGUCCCCAAGGCCUCCUUGACGCUGACGCCGAGUCACAAGCGCGUCCUGAGCAACAUCAAGUCGUCCGGUCGGCUUUCGUCGAUGCUAGCGACGUCGCUGAUGGCGUUCGAGUCGCCCGACGCGCACCACGGUAGCACCAACAACAAUGCGAGCGAGACGACCGACGAUGCCAUCCCCGAGGCCAGCACGUACCCGUCGCUCCUCGCGCCGAGUUGCAACCUCAAGGAGCCGCUUCGGUUCUGCAUUCAUCGCGCGAUCAACUGCCCGGGCUUUACGUCGUCGCUCAAGCGCACGUCGCACGACAUGAGCAUCGAAAAGCAGCCGCUUGUUUAUGCCGAUGUGCUCGUCCGCGUCGAGCUCUAUGACGGCGGCCAGCGCCUCGAGGACCCCAUCGAGUCGGUCGACACCAAGCUCCAGCUCCAAACGGCCACAGCUUCGGCCAGCAGCGUCGGGUGGAACGUCCACGACUACGUCGCGCGCUGGGAUGAGCCAAAAUGGUACCGCACCAAGAUGAAGAUCAAGGAUCUGCCGCGGACCGCCCGGCUCGUUUUGACGCUCUGGGGUGCCAAGAAGGACGCAAGUGGCAAGGUCAGCGCCAACGUCGACGAGCGUGAACGCAUUUGCAGCACCGCCAUCAACGUCUUUGACGUCGAUGGACUCCUCGUGCAAGGCGACACGUACAACCAACUCCUCUCGAGCGUGUACACGCUCCGCGUCGGCCCGGUGCCCCAUAUCAUUGACACGACCAAGCCGUACCUCCACCUGACGAUGGCGCAAUUCCCCACCGACGUCCAGUACCGCCUCCAAGACGACAGUACCGACAACCAAGACGAAGGCAUCAACGACGACGACGAGGCCAGUCGCCCGACAGGGCUCGUUAUCGAGAAGAAGGGGUGGCUCAAGAAGCUCGGGCAGCAAGGCUCGCUGAGCAAGUGGCGCAAGCGCUGGUUCAGCCUCUCGUCGGCGACCGGUGUCCUCAGCUACAGCGACUCGGCCCAGAGCAACACGCCAAAGCUCAUUCCGCUCAAGCAGGCGACGGUGCUCAUCUGUGAUGCGCUAAAAGAGACGUACACGACGUUUGCUGUCAACAAGGGCACCCGCCGCGAGCAGCGCACGUGGGGCUUCAAGCUCAAGCCGUUCGAGUCCAGCCGCGUCUUCCUCAUCGCCGCCGACUCCAAGCAAGACCGCGACGAGUGGAUGGCCGCGAUCCGCGCGGUCGCCUUCGAAGCGUCCGACAACCAAAACGAGUUUCGCGACCUCGACGAUUCGGCGCUCAGCAGCCAGCGCAGCACGAUCACGGCGUCGUCCGUCUCGACCGACGACCUCAAGCGGCUUGAUACAGCAUCGAUCUUUGAGUCGCCCUCGCCCUCGUCCUCGUCGCCAUCGUCCUCGGUCGCCGCAGUCCUCGACGAAAUCAAAGUCCUCAUCGAAACCGACCCGCUCGUUCGGCUCAACAAGCUGCAAAAGACGGUGCUCUGGGCCCACCGGCACCUCUUUGCUCACUCGUUCCGCGCGCUGCCCCGCGUCCUCUCGUGCGUCCAGUGGACCAACGCGGCGGACGUCGACGAGGCCCGCGCGCUCAUGGCUUCGUGGGCCGCGCCACGGCACCCGGCCGAGUACCUCGAGCUCCUCGACGUCGAGUUCUCGUCCGACUACGUGCGCAAGUUUGCGGUCGAGAAGCUCGCAGCCAUGGCCGACACGACGUUCAGCUACUUCAUCCCGCAGCUCGUCCAAGCGCUCAAGUACGAGAGCUACCACGCGUCGCCGCUGGCACUGCAUCUGAUUGAACGCGGGCUGCGCAACCCGAACCAGAUUGGUUUUGAUAUUUUCUGGGCGCUGAAAGUCGAGGCCGAGAACGACCGGUUCCGGGAGCGCUUUGGGACCCUUCUGAAUUCGUUCAUUGACGUCUCGUCGGCCAAGAUGCGCGACGUGCUCUUCGUGCAGAGCACGCUCUUCUCGCCGUCCGGUGCGCUGGAAGGCAUCUGCCAGUACGUCAAGCAGCUCAAGGCGGGACGCAAAAACUUGGAUGAGAUCCGCGCCGAGGCCCGUAGCAAGCUCACGGCGCUCAACGAGAGCCUGCCGACGUCGUACCAGCUGCCGAUCGACCCGCGCGUCGAAGUCGGCAAGCUCAUCGUGUCCAAGUGCAAGGUCAUGUCGUCGGCCAAGCUUCCGCUCUAUCUUGUCUUUGAGAACGCCGAGGCUGGCGGCGACCCGAUCACCGUCAUUUUCAAGUCGGGCGACGACGUGCGUCAGGACAGUUUGACGCUGCAGUUGAUCCGCGUCAUGGACGAACUCUGGCGCGAGCGCGGCUUGGAUUUGGCCAUGGAGCCUUACAAAUGCGUGGCGACCGGCCCCAUGACGGGCAUCCUCCAAGUCGUGCUCAACUCGAUCACGACCGCCGACAUUCACAAGCGCAUCGGCACACUGGGCGCGUUUGAUGAGACGAGCUUCACCAACUGGAUCACGGCCAACAACCAAGACAAGAAGAGCCUCAAGACCGCUGUCGACCUCUUUCGCCGGUCGUGCGCCGGCUACUGCGUCGCAACGUGUGUCCUCGGGAUCGGUGACCGGCACAACGACAACAUCAUGCUCACGCACGCGGGUCGGUACUUUCACAUUGACUUUGGUCACUUUCUCGGGCACGUCAAGUACCAGGUAGCGACGACCGAGCGGCUUUCCGGAUCUGAAUUGUGGUUCUAGUUUGGCAUCAAGCGUGAGAAGACGCCGUUUGUGUUUACGCCCGAGAUGGCGCACGUGCUCGGCGGCGUCGGGUCCGAUGAGUUUGCCAAGUUUGUGCAGACAUGCGGUGACGCGUUCAACGUGGUCCGAGAGCACGUGCCGUUCCUCGUGACGCUCUUCCUGCUCAUGAUCCCGGCCGAAAUGCCCGAAUUGCGGAGCCGCGACGACAUCAACUACCUCGUCGAAGUGUGUGUGCCCACGCUCUCGACAACGGACGCGGCCAAGAGCUUUGAAGUCGCGAUCGAGUACUGCCUCGGGUCGCGCUUCAAGCGCUGGGACAACACCCUCCACAUUGUCGCGCACAAGUACUUGUAAUUGAUACAUUUUUGAUUUCUCUCGGAUCAUUCUGCACGCAGCCACCAAAGAGAAACCAAGUCAGCGC